AUGUGUGGGAUGUGUCUUCCUUCUGAUUGCAGUAUUGGGCUUCUAAUAUUUGGAUGUCAGGCCUUUGCUUCCUUCACUGAACUUCCACAUGACAGAACCUUUAAAGACACUGUGACGGAUUCUCGCAGCGCACACGCCCUGUUUGACAGUGAGUCCCUGCAGUACGUCCCACGCAGUGUUGUGCGCACGUGGGGAGAGCGUGACUUCCUCAUUGCGCUCGGCAUCCCAUCUGUGGACAUGAAUGUGCGGCGGAGGCGCCGCGACCUCCAGCGUUCAACGCUCUGGACGUUCCCUGGAGUGGCGACGAGAGCAAACAACUUCACCGGUGCGAUGCUGGUGCUGUACGUACUUGCGCGGCACCCGUCGCACAACUUCACGUACUCCGCGGCGCUUCUGAAGGAGGCGGCGGAGUGGCACGAUGUGAUUGCGCUGCCGAUGAAUGAGGGGCGCCCCUCGACAAAAAAGACGAUCGGCGGCGGCGGCUACUGGGGCAUGGAGGCUGAGAUCGGGCUGAGCCGCAAGGUGUUCCUGUGGUUUGAGCUUGCGGUGCGGCUGUUCCCGAGGGCGAGCUACAUUGCAAAGGGCGACGACGACUCAUUCAUAAGGGUGCCGCAGUACCUCGCCGACCUGCGCACGCUGCCACGCACCGGUGUGUACUGGGGAUAUAUGCACUACCGGAAAUUGCGUAAGGGUAAUGUUACUGUGAAGUUCUACUAUGCUGUUGGGACAUGUGCCACUCUGUCAAGGGAUGUUGCGGAGAGCUUUGUGUCGUACGAGCCGCUGCAAUUUAUGGUGAGCCUGCCGUACGCAAAGGAGCGUGAGGCGGACUUUGUUGCCUUGAAGAUGUCCCACGAGGACAUGAUGGUUGGAUACAUUUUGUACGAGGCACAGAUCCCAAAUUAUACGCUUGUAAGAGACAGUGCAUGCCGCUUUCACAAUCUGCGGCAUGGUUGGCCUUUUCGCCCUCUGACUAAUUUAUCUGUGGUUGUCCAUGAUACCACCGAGAGUGAGUUUGUCGAGGUGAUGGAGCGCUUUAAGAACGACACUUCGCCUGCUGCAAAGCCUUUUAAGAAACGACGAAAGUAUCUCGUUUCUACCUGUUAG